CAUUUUCAAGCCCACACCACUGUCAGCAACCCUCCUGAAGGAUGCUGGAAGGUUCCUCUCAGGCAGAAAAGUGCAUUCCACAUCUUAGAGCAAGCUCUUCCUACCUCCCAUAGCCCAAGAACCUCCCUGCAUUUUGGAGCUGUCCUCUGGUUCCUGUGGAUGAAGGAAUCUCUGCUGGGCCAGGAGCCUUGAGCAGUUAUGGUGAGGUGGUUUCAUCCCAACAUCAGCGGGAUUGAGGCAGAGAAGCUGCUCCUGACCAGAGGUGUCCAUGGCAGCUUUCUGGCAAGACCCAGUAAGAGCAACCCAGGAGACUUCACUCUCUCUGUCAGAAGGAACGAUGAGGUGACACACAUUAAGAUCCAGAACACAGGGGACUACUAUGACCUGUAUGGAGGGGAGAAGUUUGCCACCCUGGCAGAGCUGGUGCAGUACUACACCGAGCAGCAGGGGCUGCUGAGGGAGAAGAACAGCAAUGUCAUCGAGCUCAAGUACCCUCUCAACUGCCAGGACCCCACCUCGGAGAGGUGGUACCAUGGGCACCUCACUGGCAAGGAGGCAGAGAAGCUGCUGACAGAGAAGGGCAAGCCAGGCAGCUUCCUGGUGCGGGAGAGCCAGAGCAAGCCAGGAGACUUCGUGCUGUCAGUGCUGACCAACGAGGACAAGCUGGAGACUGGGGACCGCAAGCCGCACGUCACCCACGUCAUGAUCCACUACCAGCCAGAUGGGAAGUACGACGUGGGGGGAGGAGAGAGGUUUGACACCCUGACAGACCUGGUGGAGCACUACAAGAAGAACCCCAUGGUGGAGAAAUCUGGAGCUGUGGUUCACCUGAAGCAGCCCUUCAACGCCACACGCAUCAACGCUGCCAACAUUGAGAACAGGGUGAAGGAGCUGAACAAGAUGGCAGACCACAGUGAGAAGGCCAAGCAAGGCUUCUGGGAAGAGUUUGAGAUGCUGCAGCAGCAAGAGUGCAAACUCCUCUACCCCAGGAAGGAGGGACAGAGACCAGAGAACAAGGCUAAGAAUCGCUACAAGAACAUCCUUCCCUUCGACACCACGCGGGUGGCACUCCGAGGCGCGGAUGAGAGCGUGCCCGGCUCGGACUACAUCAAUGCCAACUACAUCAAGAGCAUCCCUGAAGAUGGAAGGAACUCAGAGCACUGCAAGAUCUACAUAGCCACCCAGGGCUGCCUGCAGACCACAGUGAACGACUUCUGGGCCAUGGUGCAUCAAGAGAACAGCCACGUCAUUGUCAUGACAACCAAGGAGGUGGAGCGGGGCAGGAACAAGUGCUUCAGAUACUGGCCCGACCCCAGCUGCACCAAGGACUAUGGCUGCAUCCGCGUGCGCAGCGUCAGCGAGAGGGAGGCUCAGGGCUACUGCCUGCGGGAGCUGGAGAUCCUGAGGACUGACAGGCAGGAGGAGCAGCCGAGGCUGGUGAAGCACUACCAGUAUUUCAGCUGGCCAGACCAUGGGGUGCCCAACGAACCAGGAGGGGUUCUCAGCUUUCUGGACCAAGUGAAUCGGGCACAGCGAAGCAUUCCAGACACAGGGCCCAUCGUAGUGCACUGCAGUGCUGGAAUUGGCCGCACAGGAACCAUCAUCGUCAUCGACAUUCUGGUGGACAUUAUCCACAGGCAAGGUCUGGAUUGUGACAUUGACAUCCCCAAGACCAUCCAGAUGGUGCGGAGGCAGCGCUCGGGCAUGGUGCAGACAGAGGCUCAGUACAAGUUUGUCUACAUGGCUGUGCAGCAGUACAUUGAGGCUGAGCAGAAGAGGUUGGAAGAAGAACAGAGGAGCAAAAGGAAGGAACGAGACUACUUGAACAUUGGCUACUCCCCCAUGGAAAAAGGCAGAGCCAAAGGGCAGCCUCCUUCACCAAGGACCCCCUCUGUAGCUGAGGAUGAAUCAGCUUCCGUCUACGAGAACCUCAACCUCAAGAGCCCGAAGGCGCCGGGGCUGAGCAGCGCAGGGCGGUAGAGGUGCCGGGGCUGAGCCGCCUGGAGGCUGCGCAGUGCAGGAUCUGCAAGGUUUACUUCCACCCUUUCCAAGAUCAGCAAUUCUGGACAAGUUCCUUUUGUUUUGCCUUCCCCCCCCAAGCACCUUGGACUCAGUGAGGAGGGAAAGCAGCUGACUGGUAGAAGCCAGCAGAAGCCUCACCUAAGAACAUGCCUUGACCUAACUUAUUCACCAGAAGGAUCUCCUCCCAUCCUCCUCCCCUUGUCUCAGCAGGUUGAUGUUUAUGUGGAAGUGCCUCUGGACCUUCAUGAGGGUAUCAAGGCUCAGUUUUUGGGGUUGGUUGGUUUGUUCUGUAAUUUAAGGUCCUUAUUUUUUACACACCAGUUGCUCACAGGCUGAGGAGCUUUUCCCACCCUAGGGCUGUUAGUAGACUUGAAUGUUUCCAUCAGGUCAAUCAUUUCGAAGCUGGAAGUGGGGUUUUGAGACUAAAUCCUUGCCUGUGAGGGGGAAGAAAAAGAGAAGGAGCACUGCCUGGCCUCCUCCAGGUGUUGGCACCUCUUGGUUCUUCUCCUCAUGCUUCCUUUUGGCUCUGCCAGUUGGAGAUUUCUAUGCAACCCUGCUGCUGUGGCACAGCAGCUCCGUGUGCCUGAGAGCCUGCACUGCACUGCACGGGGUGGGGGGGGGUGGGGGGUGGUGUUUGUAGCAGAAUCGAGCCAGAGCUGAGCAUCUCCACCUUCCUUUCAGGUCUGAAAUGCUGAGCUGAGUGAAAUUCCCACCCAGCUGCUGGGUGCUGAAGAGCAGGGAAGCAGCUCCCACUGCACUCUGCCUUUAGGCACCCUUAGGAGCAGCUCAGGGUGCUGAGCCCCAGCUGAACUUUCUGAGCUGGGCUCCUCUAAGCUUUUGAGGCAGCUCUGCCAUGGCCUUGCUGUGUGACCUCUUUUUGUUGUUGUUCUGCCUCCUGCAGCUCGGUGAGAAGGGCAAAUGUUGUGUUUAGGGUGCUGCAGGGAGCGGUUUGGACUUGGCCAGGUGAGGCUGGCACUGCCUGGAGCCUCCCAGCUUGGCUUCUCACUGCCAGUGCUUCCUGCUGCUCCAGCCCUAAAGCCUGCAAGUGGUGCUCCAGCCAAGGAACCUCUUCAGCAAGUGCUGCCUGCUGGGGAGUGCUCAGUGCCAGUGCCUGAAGCUCCACAGCACCCACGGGAGCUGAUGCUGAGGUCCUUCUAGAGGUGCCUGGGACCUGCUGCAGGGUUGGGGCAUUAGAGGUGCCUGGAGUGCUGGCUCCACGUGUUGACCACAAAAGCACAAGCCCAUGCCUUGGCUGUGUCUCCUGGUUGGUCUUCCUCAUCCCUCAGGGACAGGAGUAGUGGUUCAUUUUUAUUGCACUUUUACUACAUGUUGAAUAAAUGUUGGAUCUUCUCAA